ACAAUAUCCAGGAAAAAGACAAUACAGAAAAAAAAGGUAAACAUACAAGAAUUCAUAAGCACCGGAACGCAAAGGUAGGGUGGACUGGUUGUUAUCGUUUACAAUGGCAUUAAUGAACUACACUACUUCCAGGGUCUGUAUUCAUCCCAAGUAUUCAUUUCUCAUCCCUCACAAAACUAAACAAAUCUUCCCCUUAAAUUUCUCAUCUGUAACGGUGGCUGCUCUCUCGGAAAAGGGUACAGACGGAAGCAUCGGGGAGGACGAUCGUCGUAACAGUUCAGCUUCACCUUCUGCUCGAACACAGAUCGAUCUCUUGGAUCAACUCAGCGCAAGUACAUCUUCUAGUGGUUACACAAGUGAUGGAAACUAUGUAGAACUUACACUCCGUGAAAAGCUCAUUGAGUUGGUAGGUGAUCGGGAUGACGAUUUUACCCUCCGAUUGGGGAAAAAGUUAAAAGUGCCAAAGCUUUUAACCGUGUCACAAAAGAGAAAUAUAAAAAGGCAAGCUUAUUUAAAUGAAGUGUCACGAAGAAACGAUACAAAUUUCUUUGCGAUCAUUGGAGCAUUUGUGCUUUUGCCUCCUUUAAUCAUAUUAGGUGUUGCGAUUGCAACGGGUUAUGUACAACUUUUUCCUUGAUACGUAUUUGAAACUGUGUAUAGAAUUUGAAGCAAUGAUGCUUUAUAAAUUGUGUGGUAUACAGUUAAAAGUUGUUGAAGUUAUAUGGAAAUAUGUUUGUUUCUUGCA